UUAUUGGUCAGUUUUCGCAUAAAAAACGUAGCAAGCAACCUCGUUCAAUUUGUUUAAUCCUGCUACUCACAUUAAUUAAUCACACGCUAACAUCGUGGCCGAUACAAUAAUUUCAUACGGAUCAUGAUGCAAUGAACUGGUAAUAAAAUUUCUUCCGGAUUCAGAAAUGGAGUGAUCAGACCAAUUUUUCGAUCGGUUCUGCCUCCACACUCCGACGCCAAAAUGGAGGCUCCUUUGUUGGAUGAGACGGUGGAGGGUGCUGUCGAUUACAAUGGCCGCCCAGUCCGCAGAUCCAAAUUCGGCGGCUGGAGAUCCGCCUCCUUCAUCAUAGGAGUGGAGGUUGCCGAGAGAUUCGCCUAUUACGGAAUCGCCUCCAACUUGAUUAACUUCUUAACGGACGAGCUCCGCCUGUCCACGGCCGCAGCAGCGCAGAAUGUCAAUGUCUGGUCCGGAGUCGCCAUGAUGCUACCUCUACUCGGAGCUUUUCUGGCCGAUUCCUUCCUCGGACGAUACCGCACUAUCGCUCUUUCCUCUGCCCUUUACAUUCUGGGGCUUGGAUUGUUGACUGUGUCUGCAACAUUACCUUAUUCCAGCACUUCUGCCUGCCAACAGACAGAAAACCGUGUCCCAUGUUCCCCCAGUCUCGUCCACGUAGUUUUAUUUUUCUUCUCCUUAUAUAUUGUGGCAUUUGCUCAAGGGGGACAUAAGCCUUGCGUCCAAGCUUUCGGAGCCGAUCAAUUUGAUGGACAACAUCCAGAAGAGAGCAAAGCUAAAAGUUCUUUCUUUAAUUGGUGGUAUUUUGGUAUCGCCGUGGCCACUUUUGCAACAUUUACUAUAGUGAGCUAUGUGCAAGAUAACCUUAGCUGGAGUCUUGGGUUUGGAAUUCCUUGUAUUGCUAUGAUUUUUGCACUGCUAGUCUUCUUGCUUGGAACUAAGACGUACAGAUACAGUAGCGAAGGAGAUGUGGAAAACCCAUUUGUGAGGAUUGGACGGGUGUUUGUCAUGGCAGUACGAAAUUGGCGAGUAAUUUCUUCAGAAAUAGCUCAUGAAGAGGAAAUCCUUGGCCUUUUACCGCACCAUAGCUCUCAACAGUUCAGGUUCCUAGACAAAGCUUUGAUUGUACCUAAUAGUUCGAAGGAAGAUGGUCAUGCUUGUACUAUCAGUGAAGUUGAGGAAGCAAAAUCAUUAGUAGGGCUUGCCCCCAUAUGGGUUACAUGCUUAGCAUAUGGUAUUGUAUUCUCUCAGUCAUCAACUUUCUUCACAAAACAAGGAGUCACGAUGGACAGAUCAAUAGUUCCUGGAUUUGAAGUACCUGCUGCUUCACUUCAAUCCUUUAUCAGUCUAUCCAUUGGCAUUUCCAUCCUAAUAUAUGAUCGCAUAAUCAUUCCGAUUGCGAGACAUUUCACCGGGAAACCUUCUGGAAUUACAAUGCUACAGAGAAUCGGAUUUGGGAUGAUAUUAUCUGCUCUUUCCAUGGUCAUUGCUGCAUUAGUGGAGGUGAAAAGGCUCAAAACAGCUCAAGAAUAUGGUUUAGUUGAUAUGCCAAAGGCGACUAUUCCUCUGAGUAUAUGGUGGCUGGUUCCUCAAUAUUUACUUGUUGGAAUUUCUGAUGCUUUCACAAUGGUUGGGUUGCAAGAGUUUUUCUAUGACCAGGUUCCAAGUGGAUUGAGAAGCAUCGGUCUUUCUCUGUAUCUGAGUAUUUUUGGCGUUGGCAGCAUUUUGAGCAGCUUUCUCAUAUCUGCCAUCGAAAAAUUAAGCAGUGGGGAUGGCAAAGAAAGCUGGUUUGAUAAUAAUCUGAACAAAGCUCAUCUUGAUUACUUCUACUGGUCGCUUGUUGGGCUUAGUGCUAUUGGGUUUGCUGCUUUCUCAUGUUUUGCAAGAACAUACAUCUACACUAUCGACGGCGCCGUCGAUUAUAAAGGUCGCCCACUUCUCAGAUCCUCCUCCGGCACAUGGAGCUCCGCCUCUUUCAUUAUAGGGAUGGAGGUUGCUGAGAGAUUUGCUUUCUAUGGAAUCGGCGCCAACCUCAUAACUUACUUGACAGGUCCGCUCCACAUUUCCAUGGUGGCGGCGGCCGAGAUUGUCAAUGUCUGGUCUGGCACCUCCAUGCUCCUCACUCUCUUUGGAGCCUUUGUUGCUGAUUCCUUCUUUGGACGAUACCGUACCAUUGUUUUUGCAUCUAUUUCUUACCUUUUGGGACUAGGAUUGUUGGUUCUGUCUACGGCAAACUCCUCGAUCUGCGCUGUCCCUAACAAAUCCAUGCCCUGUUCGGCUCCUAAGCUUCAGCUCGUUCUAUUCUUCGCUUCUCUAUGUCUAAUCGGGAUAGCACAAGGUGGGCACAGGCCGUGCGUGCAGGCUUUUGGGGCCGAUCAGUUCGAUGACCAAAAUCCUCAAGAGGCCAAAUUCAAGGGCUCCUUCUUCAAUUGGUGGUAUUUUGGUGCCUGCUCAGGAAUCGUAGUAGCCAUUCCAACUGUAGCAUAUGCACAAGAGAAUCUUAGUUGGAGUGUUGGAUUUGGAAUUCCUUGUGCUGCAAUGCUCACUGGUUUCAUUGUUUUCCUUCUCGGUACCAAGACGUAUCGGUUUACCGUCAAGCAAUCAGAUAAGAGCCCGUUUAUGAGAGUUGGUCGAGUGUUCGUGGCUUCUAUUAGGAAUUGGAGAGCUUCUCCCUCAAGGAUUGGCAAAGAUUUGUCAAAUUCUCAACAAUUCAAAUUUCUCAACAAAGCUUGCAUCGUUCCCAUCGAUUCAAACCAAAACGCAACGGCGUGCAGCAUCAGCGAGGUUGAAGAAGCAAAGGCAAUUCUCAGAAUUCUUCUAAUAUGGGCUACACUUAUCAUGUUCACCAUUGUGUUCUCACAAGACGCCACCUUCUUCACCAAACAAGCAGCAACAUUAGACCGAACAAUUUCAUCAGGUUUCACCGUUCCCGCCGCGUCACUCGAGGCAAUUAUUUCCUUUACAAUCGUCAUCUUCAUCGUGGUCUAUGAUCUCGUCUUCGUUCCCAUUGCCAAAACAGUAACAGGAAACUCAUCUGGCAUAACAACAUUACAAAGAAUCGGAUCUGGGAUGAUCAUAUCAACUAUCUCUAUGGUGGUUGCAUCCCUGGUCGAGAAAAAACGUUUGAAAACCGCCCUCGAACACGGUCUGAUCGAUAGACCGGACAUGACAAUUCCAAUGAAGUUCUGGUGGUUGGUUCCUCAAUAUGUGUUGAAUGGUUUGGCUGAUGUGUUUACAGUGGUUGGGCUUCAAGAGUUUUGCUAUGAUCAAGUGGCUAGGGAUUUGAAAAGUGUUGGACCUGCCAUUUUCAUCAGUAUCCUUGGAAUGGGUAGCAUUUUAAGUAGCCUUUUGAUAUCAAUUAUUGAUUCAGCUACUAAAGGCAAUGGGCAUCUGAGCUGGUUUCCCGACAACCUUAACAAGGCUCAUCUUGAUUACUUUUACCUGUUACUGUCUGGCCUUAGUGUUCUUAGCUUCAUUGCCUUCCUUUUUGUUGCCAAAUCCCACGUUUAUAACAGGUGACCCUGACUUCCCAUCUUUUUGGACAUAAAUUAUUCCAAAUUUUAAGGUUGUAAAUACGAAAAGUUUGUAUUUGAAAAGCAACAUAUAGAUGAUAUACUUUAGGCUCGGUCGGUCGAAUGAUUGUUGGAUGUCGGAUAAACUGUGUUCUUUUUUAAAAAAAUUAGUCAGGGAGCAUUCUCAUGUAAUACCAAAUACAGUUAUCUGAUUCUCGUGCAUAUUA